GGCCUUCGUCGUCACGCUACUGUACAGUAUAAAACGUAACGUAAACCAAGUACUACAUCAUAGCGACGCAGCGACCGAUAUACAGAUAUCAAGAUGAAGCUUACAAUCUAUCUGGCAGUAUUUGUCUUGUUGAAAAUGGACGCAGCCUUCCAAGAAGCAAAUGGAAGACAAAUUCCAAGCAGCGGCGGCGGCGACGGUGAAAGCGGAGGUUGUUCUGGUAACGGCGGUCGUGGCGGCCGCGGUGGUCGGGGCGGCGGUGCUGGUUUAGACGGCGAGCCCGGUGAAAGUGGCAGUUCUGUCGGUGGCGGUUGUGGUGGUCGUGGCGGCAGUGGCGGUCGAUGUGGUCGAGGCGGCGGCGAUGGUUUAGACGGCGAGCCCGGCGGAAGUGGAAGUAUUUUCGACGGCGGCAAUGGUGGUCGUGGCAGCAGUGGUGGCCGUGGUGGUCGAGGCGGCGGUAAUGGUUUAGACGGCGAGCCCGGUGGAAGUGGAAGUGUUUUCGGUGGUGGCAAUGGUGGCCGUGGCGGCCGUGGUGGUGGCGGCCUUGGUGGUGGCGGCCGUGGUGGUGGCGGCCGUGGUGGUGGCGGCCGUGGUGGUGACGGCGGCAGUGGUGGCGGUGGCGGCGGCGAUGUAUGA